CCUACACUUUGGCCAAGAAGACAGCUCCUUACAGAUGGUUGACUUGACUAUGAACAAGGAACUGCUAGUUGCCCUAAUCAUUCUGGCUGGGGUGGUGUUGGGAGAAGUCCAGUCCUGCAAUUCCUGUGGGAAAGAAUGUCAGUCCGCGUGCGGCACAAGACAUUUUAGAACCUGCUGCUUCAACUACUUGAAGAAACGCUCCUCCCCACCGGAGCCCCCCUUACCCUUUGCCAUGGACCCGAGCUUAAGAUUGGAAUUAUGGCUGGCCAAGUCCCGAUAUCCCUAUUUUCAGCAACGGAAUGCUUUCGAGGAGGCUCUCAACGAAGCGCAGGAUGUCAGCGACAACGACGACCGUGACACUCAGAUCAAGAUCUAACGAAAAUCAAAUAAAUUAACUUUGUGUGUUUUGUAAUGUGUAACAUAUAUAUUUUAAAACUAGUUUUGGCUGGAUAUUAAAUAAUUUAUAAAUAUGUGCAACUCA